AUGUCCGAAAAGCAAGAAGCACAAACAAAAGAAGCCGCUUCGGCGGCCGAGGCAUCAGGUCAAGCUCCACCGCCACAGGAAGUCGCCCAGGCAGUUGAGGCCGCCCAGGCAGCAAGGCGUUUUCAGGAUGCCGCCGACGCACUCAAGAAGCAGGCCCAGCUCGCACGAGACCCAGCGGAGCGAGAGAGACUAUGGACCGCGGCAUAUAUGAAGGAGAAGGAGGCACAUGGGGAGAGCAAGAAAGCUAGAAUGAUGGCAAGUGGAUGGGGUCAGGGUGCCGGCAUAGGAAUUGGAAUUUCUAGCGCUGUCGGCAUGGGCUUGGGAAACCUCCUCGGCGCGAUAGUGACUGGUGUCGUUGCCAUCCCUGGCGGCCUGAUCGGCUCAGGAGUUGGCGCAAUACAUGGCCCGUGGUACAAGUUGAAGGAUGUGGUAGGCGCCGGCGGCGACGGGAAGACGGCGUCUGACAAUAGCAACCCUGACGGCAAGGGCGAAGCCUCCGAGACGGAAUCAGAAGACGAGGCACAUAUGGCUAUUGUUACGGCUGCGAGGCAGAUGGAUGACCAGACUGCCGACAAAACGAAUGGUGGAGGGGAGAGCAAUGCGCACCCUGCUAGCGAAGCAAAGAGGGAGGGCACGGAGAGCCAAGGCCCGCCCAAAGAUCAAAAGGCAUAG